AUGGCAACAAUCAAUUUAAGAAAGGGAAACACAAGGCUCCCACCAGAAGUAAACAGGGUCCUCUACGUACGCAACUUGCCAUUCAACAUCACUUCCGAAGAGAUGUACGAUAUUUUCGGAAAAUACGGUGCAAUUCGCCAGAUACGUAUCGGAACCAACAAGGAUACGCGAGGCACUGCCUUCGUCGUCUACGAAGAUAUCUACGAUGCCAAAACAGCAGUCGAUCAUCUUUCCGGUUUUAACGUUGCCAAUCGCUACCUCAUUGUCUUGUAUUAUCAGCAGGCCAAGAUGAGUAAGAAAUUUGAUCAAAAGAAGAAAGAAGAGGAGCUUACGAAGCUUCAGGAAAAGUAUGGUGUUACUGCCAAAGAUCUACAGUGA